AUGGCGCCGGGCAGCGGGGGUGGGGGUCUGGGCCCGGGCCCGGCGGGAGGACUGGCCCGUGGGCGCCUCCUCUUGGCGGCGCUGGGGCUGCUGCUGCUGCUGUGGUUCCCGGGCACUUGGGGCGAGCUCCAGCCUAAGAUCUUGGGCAUGAGGCUGAUGAAAUGCAACAAGACGUGCGGGUUCAACGACGAUGGCAUCCUCGUAGUUUCCGAGGGCAGCGAGGUGUACCUGAGGCUGUAUGGCCUCAACCUGGACCGCCUCUACAAUGGCUUCCUCACUUUCACUGAACUGGAGAGCUUGCAGGAGGUCCAACAAGCCGCCUUCUGCAACGGGAUCACUAGAGACCUGACAGUCCACAAUUUGGUCAACCUGAGCAGAGACAACUCCAACGGGAUGCUGGUGGUGGAAACCAAGUACCUAAGAAGGAGCGAGAAGUCUAGGCUUUAUGGUCUGUGCACCUGGACUGAGGGACACUGGCACAGGUGGCCGGGGAAGGACUCCUUGCUUUUCCUUACGGAGGAGGACCACAAGUUCCUGCCCACGUGGCUGCAUAUUUUAGUUGUCUUGGGGCUGCUGACACUGUCUGGCAUCUUCUCCGGCCUCAAUCUCGGUCUCAUGGCCUUGGAUCCCAUGGAGCUAAGGAUCAUACAAAAUUGUGGGAAAGAGAAAGAGAAAAGGUAUGCCGGAAAGAUUGAGCCUAUUCGAAGGAAGGGGAACUACCUUCUCUGUUCUCUGCUCCUGGGCAACGUGCUGGUCAACACUUCCCUCACUAUCCUUCUAGAUAACCUAUUGGGAUCUGGCUUGAUUGCUGUCAUUUCCUCUACUAUUGGCAUUGUUAUCUUUGGUGAGAUUUUACCCCAGGCGUUAUGUUCCCGUCAUGGCCUGGCAGUGGGGGCCAGCACAAUCAAACUCACUAAAUUAUUUAUGCUACUCACCUUCCCCUUAAGUUAUCCCAUCAGCAAGAUUUUGGAUAAAGUUCUUGGUCAGGAGAUUGGUACCAUCUACAACAGAGAAAAGCUGAUAGAGAUGCUGAGAUUGACAGAACCUUAUAAUGAUCUGGUAAAGGAGGAACUCAAUAUGAUCCAAGGUGCUCUGGAACUAAGGACCAAAACAGUGGAGGAUAUCAUGACCCAGCUCCAGGACUGUUUCAUGAUCAGAAACGACGCCAUUCUGGACUUUAACACUAUGACAGAGAUUAUGGAAAGUGGGUAUACACGCAUCCCAGUGUUUGAAGAAGAGCAUUCCAAUAUUGUAGAUAUCCUCUAUGUCAAGGACCUGGCCUUUGUGGACCCAGAUGACUGCACCCCUCUGAAAACCAUCACCCGCUUCUAUAACCAUCCUGUUCACUUUGUCUUUUAUGACACCAAACUGGACUCCAUGCUAGAGGAGUUCAAGAAGGGGAAGUCACAUCUGGCCAUUGUGCAGAAGGUGAACAGCGAGGGGGAGGGUGACCCUUUUUAUGAAGUCGUAGGAUUGGUGACUCUGGAGGAUGUCAUUGAGGAGAUCAUCAAAUCGGAGAUUCUGGACGAGUCGGACAUGUACACUGACAACCGGAGCAGGAAACGUGUAAGCCAUGCCAGGAACAAGCGAGAUUUCUCAGCUUUCAAGGAUGCUGACAAUGAGCUGAUGGUGAAAAUCUCACCUCAGCUGCUUCUGGCUGCUCACCGAUUCCUAUUGACUGAGUUGCCCCAAUUCUCUUCCUCAAUAAUAUCUGAGAAAAUCCUCCUUCGCAUGCUAAAGUAUCCUGGUGUCAUUCAAAACCUGAAGCUUGAUGAAAAACGUAGAUAUUCUGCCCGGAAUUACCUCUAUAUGCGAAACAAAGUUACUGACUACUUUGUCCUCAUAUUACAGGGAAAGGUAGAAGUGGAAGCUGGGAAGGAGAACAUGAAGUUUGAGACAGGUCCAUUCUCCUACUAUGGGACCAUGGCACUUUCUUCUCCUCAUCUCAUGGCAUCCUACUCGACUAGCCUCAGCCGUACAACUUCCCUCAGCUACCCAGAUCGCACAGAUGGCUUCUCUUUUCUACAACCCACUGCCACCACCUUGAUCAACCAGUAUGUGUCGGACUUCAGUGUCCGCGCUCUCACGGAUCUGCAGUACAUCAAGAUCACCCGGCAGCAGUACCAGAAUGGGUUGAUGGCCUCAAAAAUGGAUACCUCCCAUCUCCAUACUUCCACAGACAACCUGAAUCCUGAUUCCACUCAAGAUCAGCGUAUGACCAAUGAGAACACAAAUCUCCUCAAUGAUCAGAAAUCUUCCCCGAAUAAGUUCACCCAGAACAAACCCAUGUGA